AUGCUGCCUGAUGCCUCCAAGCCAUUUCACGUUGUUUGUGACGCAAGCAACUUUGCGAUUGGAUGUGCCCUCAUGCAAUGUGACGACGGGGGCCGAGAGCGCGUCGUGAGUUUUCAGCGGCAGAUGAAACCUGCCGAGAGAAACAAUCCGGCACAAGAUAAAGAAUCUCUGGCUAUGCGUUAUGCUCUGAUCAAGUUCAGGGCAUAUUUACUCGUCGAGAAGAUGUUUUCAGUAUAUACAGAUCACGUAUCACUGCGUACCACCGUCAAGACCCCUCCCGUGUCUCAGCAUACGGCUCGUUGGUUGUUUUUCUUCUCAGAGCCUAACUUCGUGGUAUUUUACUAG